UUUAAUGUCAACAAUAAAGAAAAUAGAGAGAAUAAAGUAAUAAUGUGUGACAAGUAAAUAUACACAGGAGAAAUAACCCAAAAAAAAUGGAUCUAGAUAAAUUCUGCACUGCUUCGGUCCCUGAUUUACAUCAGUGGAAGUCUCACGCGCGCAGGUUCAGGUCUGCAUUCUGCGAGUAACAAAAAUUUCACCGAAGAUUUACAGCAACGAGUGUCCCAGAAAAUAAAGAAAAGUGAUCAAAGGACGGAGCUGAACUGCUGUCUGCUCUGUCUGGAGUUACUCCUUUUCUUUCGGAUGAAGGAUUUGAGCCAAUCGGAGAGCCUGUGCGUCAGUCAAUGUACCUUUGCUUUAUAUAUGGGGACGCGCAGUCCACCGGCGUAAGAAUGAGCGUCUUUUAAAGUAAUUAAUUAAACAGUUGGUAAUUUCCAGAAUGUAUCAGAUCUUAAUAUGAUGUUAUAUUUCCAAAACGACCAAUCUGAAACUAAGAAAAUACAGAUUGCUUUCGAAGAUGCAUUUUUUUCCUUUCUCUUGUAAUCUGAUGACAGCGACAAGUGUCUCAUUGCAUGCUGGAUUUCAUGGCCAGGACUGAUACAGACGGUUUGCAGUGCAGCCGGAACAGUAAACUGGACACUUUUCUCAGGAGGAACACUGAGCGCAGCGUUUAUGAGCGGAUUCGAGCCUACGAACCGUGUGUUGUCAUCUCUGAGACAGUCAACAAGGUGUUCAUGUAUGUCGUCUUGAGCGACGAUACUGUCUACCUGGCCGAGUACCCGCCUCGCACCAUUCGACAGGCUGUCAGUUUCAGGGACGUCCUUGACAUAGAAUUGGUAAAUGAUUUACCGGAUUUUCUCAGUGGCCGCGACCGUGAACUAUCGCAGCAUAUCCGUGUUGUGUACGCCACUGCCAAGCAUGAUGGGAAAAAAGGAGGAGAGAAAGCUGGGCCACGCCCACGCCCGUCCGCCUCCCCUUCCCCUUUCCAUCACAGCAACAGGAGUGUCUCUCCAUCAUCUCUCCAAGGGCUCAGCAGUGUUCUCCUGUCUACCCAGUCAGCCCCGUCCGAGUCAGUCAGAUGGAGCGCCGCUCCCUCCUCUCUGAGGAGCAGCAGGGAGGAAGAAGAGGGGGAAUACACCCUUAAACAGGCGAGGUCUGCUUCCUGUCCCGGCCCCAGCCUGCAGGGUCUCCGAUUGCCCCUGCCUCGGUCUUUAUCACCGCAGCCCCUCCUCUCCUCCUCCUCUUCCUCAUCGUCUUUGUCGUCUUCCCCGUUCCCGUCCUGCGUCUCCACUUCGGCUGUGGGCCCGGCCCCCCCGAACCCGGGUGAAACGGGCGGGGCCGGGGAGUCGGUCAGAAGGGGCUCCGUCCUGUCACGGCUGAUGAGGCGGGUAUUAGUGGAGAAGGGCGGGGCAGAGAGGGAGGAGACGGAGGCGGAGCUGCACUUGUACGCCGUGUCCGUGACCUCGCGCAUCUACCUGCACCUACUGAGCUCCUGGAACAGCUACAUGAUCAGGUCAACGCUCAUGCUGGACCCACUCUACAGGAAGAGAUGCAGUCUGAAUUCCAGUUCGCUCUCUCAGAAACAGUGCCAGAUCAGCAGCUGGGAGCGCACGGCCUGUCUGUUCCGUCAGCUGAGCGGAGAGCUCCUGCAGGAGGGCAUUGGCCUGGAGUCUCUGUACCUGCUGCUGCAGGAGCUGCACACAGCUGCACAUCGCAACAUCACCGUCAGGAAGCUCUUCUGGAGGUCCAGUGACCUGUGCCCAUUUCUGGUGAAGACUCUGGAGGAGGCCCUGAAGAGAUUUCUGGACCCUGCUAAUGGGGACAGCAGAGCUCAGAGAGCAGACAGGCUGCUACUGUGUACUUUGGUGGCAGAAACCCUCAACCUAAUGAUCCGGGAGAUGGAGGUGGAGCCAGCACGAGAUCAUAUGCUGACAGCCAAGCGGGGUGCACUGACUGAGAAGCUGCUGCUAGCUUUGGUUUGUGACCCUGAGGUUGUGCUUCAGGCCCCAGUGGGUGUGGAGGAGUCAGGCCAAACGUCCGUGCACGCGGAGCUGCAGGGCCUGAUGGGAGAGUAUUUGGACGCUGCGACGGCUCUCCUCUUCGAGGUGGUGGUGCUGUCCCAGCAGGCAAGCUGUACCCCAAAUUUUGGACACACACUGACAGUUGGUUGGGUACUGAAGACACUGCAGAGCCAUAGUUCUACAUUUCCCUUUGUCAGUCACCUGACCCGGCAGGUGAUCUCAGUGCUGUCCGGUUCCCAGGCGGUUCUGAGCCCGGCCCAGUCGGUGCUACUGUACCAGCGGUGCCGGAUCCUGAUGGCCUGUCUGCAGCACAGCACUGACCUGGCCCAGUACAUCAGGACAGAGUUUGGAGAGGAGUUCAGGUAUUACGUGACAAUGUCCUGGGUGGAGGAGAAGCUGCCCCCUCAGUACCCCAUCAGCCAGUCCACCCUGAGGCUCAUCUCUCAGCUCCAGCACCUGGUGCUCAGAGAGCCCUGACCUGGGCUUAGCUACUGCUGCACCUCUCUGUCUGUUUCUCUCUCUCUCUCCCUAACACACACACACACACACACACACUCACAUGAAUCUCUCUUGCUCUCUAUCUCUCAAACCCACAUCCACACACAUGCGUGUGCUGUCUCCUAAAUGAAUGUAAUGUCAUAUAACAGAUGCAUACACACAUAUAUAAUACAUGUGUGCAAAUACAUAUACAUUUCUUUCUAACACACACAGUCCCACUGUGCACACAUGUACUGUGCAUGGGGGUUUGAUGGUGGCUGCCUCCUCUAUGGGUAUCUAUCUUGUUGGGGUGUUUGUCCGCAUACAGUAAUGUCUUAAUACUGUGAUGAAACCUGCUGUGCAGUGACAUCAGUGUCGGAGUGGAAUCAGUGCAGAUGUGACAAUCCCAUCGUUUCCUGUGUGUGCCUUGGAGUGCAGAAGGUCUCUGGCUCAAAUGCCGAGCCCACUUUUUACACCUGCAGUCACGUUCUUCUGCCUUUUGCAGUCACGUUCUUCUGCCCCCUUUUCGUAGAGACUUCACAGUUUUGCACUCAGGGUAAAUAAUCCAUCUCCCAUGUAGAGGGGUGAUGUGUCCCUGGUGUGAGGUUGUGGUUUGGACCACACACUCGACAACUGCCCACACAUAAAUAUAACGUUUGGGGAAAGCGCAGGAAAAUGACCUGUGUGUACUAUAUAAUUCUCUGUGUCUUCUGUUAUGUAAUUGUGCAAGCCCAGGGCUGUAUAUUUAAGCACUUUAAUAUAGACUUUUGAUGUCUCACAAUUUGUGACCACCACUAUCGCAAGUGCUUCAGUUUGAUUCACAAGUGAAGUUUGCUGAAUGUUGAGGAUGCCUUUAUCUGAUAGAUUAACAUUAUUGACUGCUGAGUAAUGAGCGUAAGAUGGAAAAAUGGAGCGAGACUGGAAGAGACAGCACCCCUCCCCACUCACUCCCACACUGGAACACUGGGCCUGGUUUCAGGUCUGGGUCAAACUAAAACAACAGGUAUUAUUUUCAUGCCACACUAAACUGAACUACAAAAAAGCCAUUUCUGGUUCUGCGACAAUAUAUUCUAUAUUACCAGAGCUUUCAGGGAAAUUACUUGAAUUGUUAAAUCUUGUUGAAGUAUGUUUAUAUAUGUAGUAUAGAGAAUCCCAUUGUGCUGUUUAAUUUAUGCUAGAUUUAAUUAUCUGUUUUAUCUGUACACAUCUCACUAUAAGCACUGAAUAUCUGUAGUUUUAGCUUGGUGGAUGCUAUUGUUAAAGCCUACAUGACAACAUGACAACUUUCAAGGGAUGUAGGAAGGAACAUCCUAACAUCUACAAGGUUCUUAUUUAGAUGUAUAUUGCUGCAAGUAAUACAUACUCUCUGUUUCCACCAUUGUAUCUCAUGGCUACCAUAUGUUUAAGAGGAUGUAUCAUCCUUAUUUUAUUUCUGUUUCAUUUAUUUGUGCUUGUUUGCAGGUUUUUACAUGCCACACUUUAUAAAACAAUGGGGAUCAUAAGGAAAAUGAUAAAACCUUGUUCAGGAACUCAAAUUUGUCACACUAUAAAA